AUGGCGACUGCAACUGAGAACGGCGCUGCCCCUGCUCCUGCGAUCAGCGAGAAGACCGAACAGAAUGGCGACGUUGUCACUGUUUUCCACGACCCCGAAAACUUUAAUGUCAAGCAUCCAUUGAUGAACGAAUGGACUCUGUGGUUUACCAAGCCUCCGAGUGGAAAGGGUGAUAACUGGAACGACCUCCUUAAAGAGGUGGUGACUUUCGGCUCAGUUGAAGAAUUCUGGGGCAUCUACAAUAACAUCACUCCUACCUCCGAACUCGGUCUCAAGGCCGACUACCAUCUAUUUAAGAAAGGCAUCCGCCCUGAAUGGGAGGACCAACAAAACAAGCACGGUGGCAAAUGGUCAUAUUCCUUCAAAGACAAGCGCGCUGUUCCCAUCGACGAACUCUGGUUGCACGCACAACUCGCUGCUAUUGGCGAAACUCUCGAGAACGACGAAGACAACGAGGUCAUGGGUGUUGUCGUCAACGUACGCAAGGGUUUCUACCGUAUCGGUCUGUGGACCCGCACUGUUGGCAAGAGCCUUCCGGGAGACAAGAGCACCGGAGCCCGCUCUGCUGCCAAGGGCAAGGAAGUGUUGGAGAAUAUUGGACGUCGAUUCAAGGAAGUGCUGCGUUUGAAGGAUGCAGAUGUUGUUGAAUUCUCUGGUCAUACUGAUAGUGCAAACGCUGGUAGCACUCGCGCCAAGGCCAAGUACACUGUCUAA